CAGAAGUCGCCAGCACGUGGCAGAGCAACAACGUUUGAAAUGAGCAGCAGGUCACUUCUCUUAGUGAAAAGCAAGAGGUUUCUGCAUUCACACGGGUCUCGGAGUUAAGGAAAUCAAGGAGGAAUCAGAACUUUCUGCAGAGUAUAACAACACUCAUCUGUCUGAUAACAUCUACAUGUACGGACUGUCAGGAAUAAGAAGAGGCUGUGCUCCUGCUGCUGAACACCAAUGAUGUAUUUGAACCUCUCCAACGGAUCCAACUGUUCUUGUUUUUGUAUCGGCAAUGAGGUAAAUCCAUCUAAUUCAACUGCUGAAGCCACUGUAUCUUUCUUCCUUGGAAGCCUUGCAUUAUUAGUAACAGUCUCAAAUAUUUUAGUUCUGUAUGCUGUAUUUAUAGAGCGAACACUCCAUACUGCUGGAAAUCUGUACAUUGUUAGUCUUUCAGUUUCUGAUUUUAUAGUAGGCAUUAUCGCCAUUCCACUCAACAUUCUUCAUUACUUCAGAUUUAUAAAUAAAGAGAAGGUUAAUACACAUCUUUGCAAGUUUUGGCUGAUCACUGAUUAUGUGGCAAGCACAGCUUCAAUACUAAGCAUUUUACUGCUUUGUGUGGAUCGAUAUCGUGCUGUAUGUCAACCGCUUAAAUAUCUGAGAUAUCGUACUAGAGCAAUGGCAAGUGCAUACAUCUUAGGAGUAUGGAUUCUUUCUUUCCUCUGGAUCAUUCCUAUUACAUUUUCAGUAGAUAUUAAAGAUAGCGAAAAUUAUAUUUGUGAAACAAACUUCUGUUGUAAUGCCAAAAUUAAGAUCCCUGCUGCUGUGAUAAAUUUUUAUAUACCUUGUUUUAUCUUGUUGCUGUUUUAUGCAAACAUUUAUAGCACUAUUAGAAAACGAUUUAGUAACAUGGAAAAUAUUAAGCAUUUUUCAUCUAAAAUUAUAAAAAAAAAAUCAGUACGCAGCAAUGGGACACAAACCAUGACUUUAGACCAACAAAGUAAUACAAUAUCUUCUGAUGUUAUGGAAGAAGAAAACAUGAGUGAACAUAUGUUGCCAGCAUCAAUUUCCAACAAUCCAAAACAUGGCAUUGGAGAGAAUGAUUCAGUAAGCACACAUGUUCAGAACAAAAUUGAAGCAUCUGAAAACUUAAAAAUGUUGAAACAUAGUGGAAUAUUACAAAGUGAUGGCAAUAUGCAGUACAUUAAAAAUACUUUGCUAAGUCAACAGCCUAUAUCAGGGAGCAAUGUCAAAGACAAACAAGAACAAAAGGAAAGUGUUAGUUUCCAAACAUCUUUUUGGCAAAGACUUUGCUGUUGCUGUUCUAAACAGUCUUUCCAAGAACUUUCUCUUAAACAGGAAGCAAAAGCUGCUAAACAGUUGGGAAUUAUAAUAGCUGCAUUUAUGAUAUGUUGGAUUCCUUAUUUUGUAACAUUUAUUAUUAGACCACUGUGUUCCUGCUGCAUUUCAUAUGAAGUGCAAAUGUUUACUGUCUGGCUUGGCUAUGCAAAUUCUGCAUUAAAUCCAUUUAUUUAUGUGUGGAUGAACUCAAAUUUUAGGAAGCCAUUCAAAUGUCAAAAUGUCUUAAAUAGUUAGUGUAUGAAUUAAUAUGUCUAUUUUCCCUAGAAAUAAAAUAAAAAUGGUAUCAGAAAUCUGAAGGAUCAUUAUG